AUGUUCUACAAACAAAACAUUAUCAACAUCGAAGACGACGUCAUCAUGGAAACCAUGCUCCUGUCCCUUGCCCACACAGAAGAAAUAGAAAACCAAUUAGCAAAAGAGCCUGCACACAUUGCCGCUCCCAUCCUAUCCCAGAUCCAUAUCAUACAUGCCACCAGUACCUUAGAAACCAAGCUCAACGAUAUUGAAAACGAUGCCCUCAGACUAUCAUGCCAACACCUCCAGAGACACAUUCGCUCUCUCAUGAUUCAGCUUCUUCCUGAACGAAACACGACCCAAGUCAGUCACCCGCCAAGCGCUGCUGCUAGCAUUACCACCAUUGACAUAUCUGCUCCAGGUCUGCCUAGAGAAAAUUCUCAACCGCUACCCCUUCCCCCACCAAACAAGAUCUACACCAGAAAGACCCACAAGGGAGCAGUCAUCCACGAAGUGACUAAAACCAAGUCUUCCAAAGGGAAAAGGCGUGAAAUGAUUGACCUCACCCUUGAACCUUCCACUUCUACCAUCACCAUCAAGCAGCCUGACCUCUCCGCAGACAACUUCGUUUGUCGCCAGUGCAAAGUGCUUGGACAUUGCCACAAGAACUGUCCGCAAUACCACUGCCGCAUAUGCCAGGCCCAAGCGCCUGGUCAUUUUUCUAUCUAUUGCCUGUAUGCUCCAAAGAAGGAGCAGUUUCCAUUGGUCUACACUAAUGAAGGAUUUUAUGAUGCCCUGGCUGAAUGGGAAGCCAUAGAGGACCAGAAGCUUGAGGAAGAGCUAGAGUGUGCUCAUCGUGAGUACACAGUAAUGCGGGAACACACCGAGGAAGAUGACAUUGUUUUCCAUAAUGCAGAGGCUGACCCGUGCUACUAUGACAACAUGGAUGAUUAG